CCACUCUUUUUCAUAGACUCAGUUGAGCUUCUGUGAGCUCUAGCGUUUAGCUAGCUAGUCCCAUCUUUUCGACAAUCCAGGGCGCAACAGGUUUCUAGCUAACGUUAACUAGCUAGUCAGCUGGUUAAUGAUUGCUAGCUUGUAUCAACUUUGUUUGAACAGCUACAUGUAGAAGACAUCACAGCUAAAUUACAUAUCCACAACUUCACAAGCAUACGGGGAGAACAACUAAAAACAGGAAGUCCUGUUGACAUCACCUCCUGUCUGUGGCUAUGUCGUGCCGGGACAUCCACGCCACCAAUGCCUUCUCCUUCAUCAUCGCCUUCAUCUCUGUUGGCGGCAUCGCUGUGGCGGCGCUGAUCCCACAGUGGCGAGUGACACGACUUGUCACCUUCAACAAAAACGCCAAGAACAUCAGCGUCUAUGAUGGCCUGUGGGCCAAGUGUGUGAAACAAGAUGGCUACUCUGGCUGCUACUACUACGACUCAGAGUGGUAUUCUAAAGUGGACCAGUUGGACCUGAGACUGCUCCAGUUCUGCCUACCGACUGGGCUACUGUUUGGCUCCCUGGCCCUGGUGCUGUGUAUGGCAGGCAUGUCUAAGACAUGCUGCUGCUCUGAUAAGGCUGAGACAGACAUCAAGAAUACCCGCUGUCUGGUCAACAGCGCAGGCUGCCACCUAGUGGCCGGUAUGUUCCUGUUCCUGGGUGGUGCUAUCGCCCUGGCGCCUUCCGUGUGGUUCCUGUUCCGGACCAAAGAGAUGAACAUCAGGUACGACCGCAUCUUCUCAGACGGGUUCGCGGUCUACGUGGCCAUCGGCUGUUCCGGCGGCCUCAUGCUCGCCGCCCUGCUGAUGUUCAUGUGGUACUGCAUGUGUAAGAAGCUACCCUCUCCCUUCUGGCUGCCUCUCCCCACACUUCCUAACUCCCUCUCCACCCAGCCCCUCACAGCCAACGGGUACUCCCCCUCCCCUGUCUACGGACCCCCUCAGACCUUCCCUCCACAGGGGUACGUCCCCACUGUGAUGGAUGCCCAGCCCUACACUCCCUCCCAGGGCUACCCUCAGAGUGUAGCCCCACUGGCCCAGCAGCCUCAGCAGGUCUAUAUGUCCCAGAUGUCAGCCCCGGAUGGGUAUGGGUCAGAGGUGGGGCAGAACCAGGCUUACAGCUAUGCCCCGUCCCAGAGUUAUGCCCCCUCUCAGGUGGGCUACGCCCCCAGCUACAUAGGCCACCGCUACUCCACACGCUCACGCAUGUCUGGCAUAGAGAUAGACAUCCCUGUUCUAACACAAGGCCUCUGAGGGAGGGCUGCUGCAAGAACACUGAGUCCUGGUUCCAUUUAGCUGUCCUGUCUCCUGUAAAGGGUGUGUACUGUCAGUGAAGGAUAUGACUGUUGGUCAGUCUGCACUAGAAAUACAACUGUGCGUCACUCAACCAAGCACUGCACUGUUAGACACAGUUUAGUAUGCAGGCUCCACAUCUGGUGAAAGGACACCAGAGAUGCCCCAUAAUGAAGUCUGAAUUCACUGUUACAUUUUGAUAGGUGCAAUUAGAAAACAAUAUUUUCUAUUUGUACAUCUCUUAAUGUAAAUCUGCUUGAAACCUCAUAGCAUUUCUACACUGUGUAUAUUGUGUUCACUAAUAUUUCAACUGCUAAGACAUGAACUAAACCUUACUUUAACCGUGCGGUAACUUGAUGUAGUGAGGUAGAAGGGAGUGACACUAACUGGCUGUGAUGUCUUUGUUGUGCCUGUUUAUAUUAUUGGUCUGUUAAGAAAUACUACUGCUGUGCCUUGUUCAGAACAGCCAUAUUACAUUGCUUAGUUAUUCUGUUUUUGUAUUAAUACUGUAAUAUGUUACUGUUUCUUUUGUUCUGCUAGUUUUCUACACGUGCUGUUUUUGGGCGUUGGAAAUAUUAUAAUAUGCUGUAACAUGUGAGAUGACAUGGGAAUGUCCUAAUGACUCAUCAGCAGUACAGCAGUGGCUCUGAGGCCAUGACUUUUUAUAUGUACACAUGGAUUAGAUCAUUUUGUAUCUAAUUCACAUAUCAUGAUGCCACCGUACAUCAAUCAAACGUCACAAAGUGCAAUAUCAUGAAGGUAGUUGUUGAACUGUCUCCUUUGUUAAGGUGCCUGGGAGAUAUGAUUGAACCAGAACACAUACUGCUCCUCUGUGGCUCUGUCUGCUACUCAGACCAAAGGAACGUCAAAAUGAACAUCUUAUUUUAGCUCUGGAACACUGCCAUCUGUCGCCUGUCCUUUUUGUCAAAUUGUACGUCUACACUGAGCUGUGUAAGCAAACGUAGAGCUACUCUUGUUUCCACUUCAUUCAUCCACUACUGGGCUCCUGAGUGGCGCAGCAUCUCCGUGCUAGAGGUGUCACUACAGACCCUGGUUCGAUUCCAGGCUGUAUCGCCAUGAUUGGGAGUCCCAUAGGGCGGUGCACAAUUGGCCCAGCAUUUUCCCGGGGUAGGCCAUUAACUGACUUGCCUAGUUAAAUAAACUGUCAUUGAUUUCACAUGAAGGGGAGGGGGGGGGGGGUUCACUACACUGUAACAUCACAUUCCAUUGGCUGUGUUUGUUCUAAAAUGGUAGAACACUGACUGAAUGCACUGGGCCUCUUAUGAAUCUACUAUCUAGAGAAAGGAUUCUGUGAUUUGUUGCAUUCUAUUCCUAAACACUAGUUUUGACCAAACUGUCCUCUAACUCGUGUGUUGACUUCCAUCUUAAAUACCCUUUGUAUCAGCCGUAACCGACAUGCUCUCUCUGUUGCAGUGCUGCAUGUACAGUCUAAUGUUCUUAUCUCUAUGGAAAAUGUCUUUGUUCACCAGACCUUUUUCUCAAUAAAAUUUGUAUCUAAUUAAACUGUGUUCCUCGCCACAGCCGACGAUGACUAAUACUGGUGUCACAGUACCAUCAGAGAUGUAUUUACCAUUACUAAGUAUUUAACAUGAUUAACAGGAUCAGAGAAAGGCCACACUAAAAUGAGUUACCUGUUUGCAGUGAAUCUGAGUGAAUGUAUUAGUUGGAGUCAUUUAGCCGGCUCGCCUGGCGUGCUGUGAUUUGAACUGGGUGAACCUGAGAGAGAGGGCUGGUUGAGAUGGAGCUGGGUUUAUCUGGCAGGCAGAUUGGAUUACAAGCAGCAGGGUAAUGGGUUGUUUCCGGUCCUCAGGGUUAGUGCCGUGUCAGCUGGUUAUUGCUCCACUUUGGCACUUUAUUGAUCAGUCAGAGUAGUUAUUAAUGGGCUGUAAGUUCUGUUCACCAACAGUAUCCUCGUCUUGAUCUGCACUGAUAAGUAGGGCUGGAUAGGUCCCUGUAACUCGCCCAAUGAGUUGCUAAUUGAAAGACGGAUGGAAAUGAGACAUUUUGUGGCCUUCGGGAAAAGAAAGUGCAUUUUAAAGCAUUUAUUUUUUAAAUCCUUUACGGGCUAAUAGGCUAUGAUUCGUACAUAUUCCAGUGAGCAGUGUUGGUUGCUGGCCCAUCCUAUUUACACAGUCAGUGACACAUAGUGACACAGUACAUGGAAAUAUAG